AGUUAAACUUCAUCAAGCAAGUGACUAUUUAGCGUGGGCAGUGACUGUAUAUUUUGAUACACGCUAUUUUGAUAUGUUUAGUGUUUGUUUGAUAGAAAAAUAUUUGUUAUGACUUUUAAAAGGGCUAAUUCUACCUAACUUUUUUAUUUGCGUACACGGUAGCGUAUACCCUAGACACAACGUGUUUGGAAAAUUUUUGACGUUUUGACGUCACACUAUCAUGGUCCCUAUAAAAUCUUGGAAUUCCUAGCGGUUAUUCGCGAACUCAAGCGAGGGUGCUGCCGCUUAUUUGGAACUAGAGGAAUUGGGAUGAAGAUUUAAACAAAACAUCCGUUAAUCUAUGUAUCAAUUUUGUCGAUGAUUGUCGAUUAAAUGCUUGUCUGGUGUGUUCAUUUAAUGAAUGAUUUAUUUAUAUUAAUUAAUUACAUCAAUAAAAAUAUUAAUUAUAUCAAAAUGCGUUAUCCCAAUUACAUCGGCCAUUUUCAUGCAACUGCACUGCCACCUGUAGUCGACUGAGUUCGCGAAUUAACGCUUCGUGAUUCAAGUUCAUAUUCAGGCAACCCAAACCCAAAUUACUCGGCACAAAGUAGUGGGUCAGGAUUUAGACAAGAUACUUGUUUUAUGUUUUUUCUUAUUGUGGUUCUGUGGUUGUCUAGGACUUUUCAUGGAUUGUCAUUUGUUUCGAGCUUCUGUCAUAUGUUGUAUAAUCUGUGUCUAAUAUUAAUAUACACGGAUUACACGACAUUUGGCAGACGCUCGAAACAAAUGGCUGUGAAUGAAAAGCCCUACUGUUGUUGUUUCUUGUCUGGAAUUUGAAUUUGGUUUUGGUUCUGGUUCCUUUGUUUUGUUUUUUUUUUGUUGAUCCUUUGUUUGGUAGUUUGGCCAUUGGUUUGGUCUUGGUCUUGGUCCAUCGUCCAUCCAUUUGGUCGUUUUCAUAGAUAAGGGGGCUCGUUUUGUGGCCAUUUGUGGCAAAAAAGUUCAUGAAUGGUUAAUGUUUAAAAGUGUAAGUUUCUUUAUAGUGAUUUCACUUUUUGGGUGUAAAAUUAUUCUUGUAUUUUACAUAAAAUCAAGUUUAAUAAAAUGGAAGUACCUACAUCAAGAAACUUAUAAAAUAGAAAUAGUGGGAAGAAAACCAAACAGUAGUAAACUUAACCCAUUUGAAAACCAAAAAACUGAAAAAGGUUAACCCUAUAUUUAAGCAUCAAUUGGACAGCACUAUGCAUAACUCAACCAAGUUCCAAAGGAUAGUUUUGAGAUAAAUUGCUCCAAAGUUUUAGAUUAUCUCCAAGAGAACAAGAUGAAAGUUAUGGAGGAACUAAAUGAACAUUCGUUACACGAAGAAAAUUACAUGAAUCCACAUGCUGAAGGCAAAACGGUACAUAAAAAUAUGAAAGUUGUGGAGAAACGUUUGAGAACACACAUUGGAAAAAAAUCUCACACGUGUGAAAUUUGUUUUAAGCAGUUUAUUAACGCAAGUAGUUUGACAAUACAUUUGAGAGUGCACACUGGAGAAAAACCUCACAAGUGUGAGAUUUGUUUAAAACAGUUUAGUACAACAAAAUAUUUGAAAACGCAUUUGAGAAAGCACACUGGAGAAAAACCGCACAAGUGUGGAAUUUGUUUUAAACAGUUUGCUCAUAGAACCGAUUUAAAUAAACACAGGAAUAUUCACACUAAAGAAAAAGCUUACAAGUGUAACAUUUGUUUUAAGCAACUUACUCAAGCAAGUAAUUUGAAAACACAUUUGAGAGUGCACACUGGAGAAAAACCUCACAAGUGUGAAAUUUGUUUUAAGCAAUUUAGUCAAGCAGGUUCUUUGAAAACACAUUUGAGAGUGCACACUGAAAAAAAACCUCUCAAGUGUGAAAUUUGUUCUAAGCAGUUUAUUAACGCAAGUAAUUUGACAAUACAUUUGAGAGUGCACACUGGAGAAAAAUCUCAUAAGUGUGAAAUUUGUUAUAAGCAGUUUAUUAACGCAAGUAGUUUGACAGUACAUUUGAGAGUGCACACUGGAGAAAAACCUCACAAGUGUUACAUUUGUUUUAAGCAAUUUAGUCAAGCAUAUAGUUUGAAAACACAUUUGAGAAUACAUACUGGGGAAACACCUUACAAGUGUGAAAUUUGUUUUAAGCAGUUCACUACAGCAAGCGAUUUAACUAGACACAUGAAUAUUCACACUAGAGAAAAAGCUUACAAGUGUAACAUUUGUUUUAAGCAAUUUACUCAAGCGAGUAAUUUGAAAGCACAUUUGAGACUGCACACUGGAGAAAAACCGCACAAGUGUGGAAUUUGUUUUAAACAGUUUGCUCAUAGAAACGAUUUAAAUAAACACAGGAUUAUUCACACUAAAGAAAAAGCUUACAAGUGUAACAUUUGUUUUAAGCAACUUACUCAAGCGAGUAGUUUGAAAAUACAUUUGAGAGUGCACACUGGGGAAAAACCUCACAAGUGUGAGAUUUGUUUUAAGCAAUUUUCCCAUACAAGUACUUUAAAAUAUCAUUUGAAAAUACACGCUAGGGAGAAACUUCAUGAAUGUGACAUUUGUUUGGAGGAAUUUCGUGAGCGACAUAAUUUGAAAGCACAUUUAAGAGUGCACUCUAAAGAAAAAUCUUAACGUUUGUUUUAACAUUUUCAAGUCCUCCGACACGGCUACCGUGUUCACACUGUUUUCAAUUAGGCGCCGCCGACACGGCUACCGUGUUUACAUUUCAACAAUUUUCCAAUGACUGUAUAAAUGGUCCCAUGAAACAAAUAUCUGAUAUUGGCUGAAAGUGUUACGCAAUUUAGUGGGGUUUAGACUUUAAAAAGAUAUUUUGUUGGAAAAAGUAGAUUUACUAUUAAGAUUUAAACUGUAAGGCUUAGAAAUAUUUUUAUACUUUAUGUAAUAUGUUCGAUAUGUUAUACUGUUUAGUUUUAAGUUCAUGUGCACUGAGUUUAACAGUCGUUGUUGUCAAGCUUUUAACGCCAUAUGUUGUAUGUUUUAGUUUUUGUUAAGCUCAUCACAAAAUUUGAGAGUGCACACUGGGGAAAAACCUCACAAGUGUGAGAUUUGUUUUAAGUAAGGUCAGGUGGGAAAGUGUGUUUUCGGGGUAAGUGUUUAAAGUCAAAAUGUAUUUUAAUAUGGUUAUAUACUAGUGUCGUCAUCUAUGAUUCGUUAAAGAAGAAUACAAAUGCUUACAAGUCAACUGAAACCAAGAUUCGCCUUGCUUUUAUUUAACUAGAAAAGUGUCAUUCUGUCUGAACCUAACGUUAAGUGAGCAUUUCAUGUGAGACGUGCCAUUUAAAAUCAAGUAUGAUACCAUGGGCAUUCUGUGUUGUAUUUUAAAACUUUUGUUUGCGCUUUUAAAACUUUUUUGUGUGCACUUUUAAAGUACACACUUACCCAGAUUCCAUUUCUAUUGAUUCAUGGCUAAAAAAUAAAUCAUAGAUACACUUUCUCCAUUGCUGUGGAAAGUUAUAAAAUGAAGCAGUUGUAGGUAAUACAUAUUAAAAUAUUAUAUUAAAAUAUUAGCUCCAAAUCUUACUUGGUCUCAAAAUGCGGUAUGUAAAUAUUCUAACUUUUAAUAUUUUGCUAUACACUUACCCCACCUGACCUUGCUUAGUUCACUACAGCAAAUAAUUUGAAAGUAUGUACCGGGUGUCACAAUAAGAAUGGCUCUCGGCCAUAUCUAUAUAAAGAACGCCUGGAAAUUAUGUUCGUAGUUGUAUGGGCAUAAUUGAAUAUCAAAAAUUAUAAAAUCAAAAUUUUACAAAAUUUGCCUAAUGAAAUCUGCACGGCACUGCAAAUCCGAUCAUUGUAUGCCUCAUAAAAUUCUGCGCAUAUUUGAUUUCACACGUUUAAAUCUGUUUUUGCAAAUAAUAGGUGGGGUGGGUGGGAACUUGGUUAUAAAAAAUGGUUCCCGGCAAACAGACCGGGAACUGUACAAAGUAACUGAGCCCAGUUACGUGAUGAUUACGUUAAAUUAACGGCAAAGGCUAUAGCGGGAUAAGAUGGUAAAAUCUGCACUUGGCUGGAUUCUUACUUGGGAUAGGGCAAUCGAAAGUACAUAUUUAAAAAACCCCAUAACCAAAUUUUUAGCUCGAUAUGUUGCCCCACGUGUCCCCUGUCACAAAAAUGUGUUUUUUCGAAAAUAUUUUUUUGAGCGAUCCAUUACUUUAAAAACUGUAAAAAAAAUUUUCUAUGUACAUUGUUAUGCCCAAAUACAUAAUGAUUUUUUUCAGAUCUUUUGGAUCAAAAUUGAGCUCAGGAAAUUUUUUGGAAUUUUCAAAAUUUUUUUAGGUUAUGUAAAUAAUUUUUGGCUAGCUGAGAAAUAAUUGUUUAUAGUGUACUUUUCUCCACUCUUUUAAAUGGCGGAAAUAUAUUUGCCAUUUUAUCGCCGGAAAUUCCACAAAAUUCGAAAAAACCCAUUUUUUUAGUGUUCCCCCCUCAUAUUUUAGCGUUUACUGAGCGAUCCUUUGCUUUCAAAAAUCUGAAAAAAAUUAUGACCAUACAUUGUUAUGCCCAAAAACAUACUGAUUUUUUUUUGAGAAUUUUUGAAUCAAAAUUGAGCUCAAAAAAUUUUUUUGAAUAUUUCAAAAAAAAAUUUUAGGUUAUGUAGGUAAUUUUUGGCUAGCUGCGAAAUAAUUAUUUUUAGUGUAUUUCCUUACUUUUUUUUGUGAAAGGCGGGGUUGGAUUUUCCAUUUUCUUGCCGGAAAUUCCUCAAAAUUCGAAAAACCCAUUUUCUUAGUGU